AUCAACGAGCUUUGGGCAGGGCAAGUGAUGGAAUCAAAGCGAUGCGUUUAGGUUUCCAGUCCUGGCAGAGACUAGUGCGAAAAUGCAAACAGUCAGCACUUGCGCUUGCUCAAGUUGGCUGCUUGAAGAUGCGUGAAGGUGGACAGCGUUUUGUGUUUGGCAUGGCUCCAGAGAAGUGGAGCAACGACAAAAGUAGCGAACAUGGGCAGCGGGGCGAGUACCAGCUUCGAGUACGGCAAGGAUCAUGAGAAGUUGGUGGCCCAUGCGGUGGAAUUGGACAAGAGCCAGACGAAUCGCACGAACAUCGGGUUCGCUCGACUUGCUCAAGAAGUGGCCUUGCACUUGUUGAACGCAUCAGGUCUCAAGGACAAAGAUCCCAAAGCCAAGCUGGAGGCCCUGGAGCCGCUCUAUGCAGAGCUGGCGCAGCAAUGGAAUCAGCCCAAAGAGGAGAAGCCUGGGUUUGCGAUCAUUGAGGGAGUGAAGUACGCCAUCAACGCUGUAAAGUUCGGCCUCAUCGCAGAGGACGCGCACGUGGUUCUCUCCGUGCCUUUCUUCAAGGAGUUCGAACGCGGCGCGCCAGCCUCGACAGAAAAUCCCAACGGUGAAGAAAGCCCCAUCCAGAAGUUUGAAGAGCUGGUUUUUCUGUGCGGCUUCAACAAGAAGGUCUCUAUGCACUUGAUUUUUGUGAACGACUCCGUGGCGGAGAAGGUGGACAAGGACCCCAGCUCCGUGACCUUGUUCAAGGAGGCCAUUGCCGCCUACUCAAAAGAGAAGGACCUCGGCGAAGCGGUAGCAGACUUCGAGCACUUUGAGCUUUUGGAUGGCCAGCUCUGCGUCUCCUUCACCAGCGUAGAGGCAGAGGCGGCCAAGGGCAGCGCGUGCGAGAGCCCGGAGGAGAAGCGGAAGCGCAUGGAGAACCGACACCCCGAGACCAACAAGCUCCAGGAGCGGAAGGGCGGCGCCGUGCUGGCUGGAAUGGAAGUUCCUCUUGGCAAGGGCUUUGCCGACAAGCCCACGCGGGCGGUGCGCAUUUUGCUGGAUGGUGAUAGCACCAUCGCGGUGGGCUCCUUUGUUGGGGAAGCGGCGCAUUCCAUUCUCCAGGAGGGAAACAACUGCUACUUGGCCAACAUGAAGCACCCGUGCACCUGCAUCUCCUACCAGCCCCCAGAACCAGGUGCAGAGGCAGCUGCUGACGAUUCCGCCACCCAGGCCCGUGUGCAGAACCGGAAGCUUUUCUUCUCCGGCUUUACUGUGCCGUUCCUGUUCCCUGAGCUGUCCACCAAAUACAAGUACAUGGGCACCACCCAGCUCCCGGCCAAGGCCUUCCGCGGGGACAUCGACUUCUGCCAGGGCAAGCUGCCCACGGUGCAGCCCAAUGUGGACCUGGGCUGCUUGGCCCUCACCGUCACUACUCUCAACGCUGGCGGCGGAAGCAUCCAGUCGGGACCCAUCACCAUCAGGGACAACGUGGCGUCUUCGACGAUGACCACCAGCGAUCUGCAGGCGGAGUGGGACAAGACCUACGGCCCCAUCUUCGUCUCGGCCGUCGGCCUGGCGCGGGAACUCAAGAAGGCCGAGUUCGAGCAGCUCCCCGCCUGGUGCACCGCCUUCAUCGAGCGCAUGAAGUUAAAGCACUACACCACGCUCUUUGGGAAUGAGAAGAACGAGGAUGUGGACGCAUUGUUUGCUGACAUGAAGACCUUCAAGGGCGCUGCGGACCCGGCUGCUGUGUUGGAGAAGCUCAAAGGUGGUCUCAAGAAGAUCUUCCCCGAUGAUAUUGCAUGAUCAAUCAUGAUCAUUUGAUCACGUUGGUUGGUUGUGAGUUGGCUACUUUCAAAUCUGACUGCUCCGACCGCUGGAAUGGCUUGCUGCCGGUUGUGGUU